AUGCUUCAAAAGUUGGAUCGCCAGUGCGGGGUGCUGCUGGGAUGUUGCUUGCUGCUGUCUGCUGCUGCUGCUGGCAUCGUUGGCUUUGCCGUAUUGAGGCGGCAGCGGCAGCAGCGACGCGGCAUGCGGAUCUGGGAGAGAAUGGGUUCGUGCGCUCUCCAUUUCGUCGCCUUAGCGCUCUCCAUCCCGUCGCCCUUGCAAUCUCCCCUCCCAUCCGGUCGUUCCUCCCUCCCCUCGCCAUCGCGCUCACGUUCCUCCCCUCCACUCGCCAUCGCGCUCACGUUCCUCCCCUCCCCUCGCCAUCGCGCUCACGUUCCUCCCUCCCCUCGCCAUCGCGCUCACGUUCCUCCCCUCCACUCGCCAUCGCGCUCACGUUCCUCCCCUCCCCUCGCCAUCGCGCUCACGUUCCUCCCUCCCCUCGCAAUCGCGCUCACGUUCCUCCCUCCCCUCGCCAUCGCGCUCACGUUCCUCCCCUCCCCUCGCCAUCGCGCUCACGUUCCUCCCCUCCCCUCGCCAUCGCGCUACGUUCCUCCCCUCCCUUGCCAUCGCGCUCACGGUCCUCCCCUCCCCUCCCAUCCCGUCGUUCGCCUCCUCUCCCCUCCCAUCCCGUCGUUCGCCUCCUCUCCCCUCCCAUCCCGUCGUUCGCCUCCUCUCUUCUCUUUCUUCCCUUCGCUCCUCCGCUCUCCCCUCGCUGGCCGUUGUUCCUCUCUCUCUCCCCAUCGAUAUCAUUCUAUCCCCCUCGUCCUACACUGUCCCUAUUUUUAA